ACAGUCAAAGUCCCAAGAUCGUGCACGUAGCAGACAAUGUUAGCAGAUAAAGUCUCCAAGUAGUCGAGGUCUCAAGGAUUGCUGUUUCUGCUGACAACCUUCUGCUAGAGGCGAAUACCUUGUGAUCGGGCGAUGACCUUCAACCCGAUAUACUCAGCCGGAGAGGGAAACGAUCGUUCUUAUUAAAACAUCUGAUAACCAGUCCUACUUAAGAGACCUGUCAGGGGUUCUGGUUUCACUUGGCAGAGGUCGCUGGCGUAGGGAGCUGUCAAGAUGGCUACGUGGUCCCUCUUUUUCCUGCUCGUGAACGCUGUAGCUGUGGCCAGUGCAGACAGUAUCAGAGAAGCAGAUAUUGGACUGGAACUCGUCCCUCGAUGUUCAACGGAAUGCUCCAUGACGCAAUACACCUUGCUCCAUUACUUGACACAAAUGACCUACUAUUAUAGGUACACUGGCAGUUCUCGUGUCUCCCUGAGUGAUGUCCCGGAGGGCACCUCUCCUGCUUCCUGGGAAGCUGAAGUGGGCUUCACGUGGUUGAGUCCUUGUGACAUCGCCAUCACCUUCCGCAACGUCACUGUGGAUGGUCGAGAUGACGUUCCUGACGCCAAGAAGCUGGAGAGGUACCCAAUGAUGAUGGCGGUAACUGACGCCCACGUGCGCCACGUAUGCGCCCAUCCAGACGACGAGGCCUGGUCCGUCAACUGGAAGAAAGGAGUGGCUUCCAUCUUCCAGGUUACGCUCCCCACGAGGUCAGCCGUCAGCUCUGGCCUGGAAUUCAUCGAGGAAGACGUUGUUGGCAAAUGUCCAACGAAGUACGAAGUGCAGAAGGUUAGAAAUGCCAUAACAAUAAGGAAGGAGAAGAUCCAUCAUCGCUGCAAGCACCGGUACCCAACACCCUUCGAGACGGCUUCCCCGUGGAUGAAGUUCCCUGUCCCGUUAAGGGAAUCUAAAACAGUCUGCACGCAAGAACUCAUCAAUGGACUCUUCAGAGAAAUAGUGUGCGAGGAUACGAACAUCAUCCGGCCCUCUUUUGGUGCUUACAAGUACAUUGAGGCUCACCAAGACUCUAGACUUCGUUACAAAUCGCAGACUCCCAAGAUCCCAGAAAACGUGCUGCAUUUCAACGGCCCAAUGACCAAGAAAAGCCUGUUGCUUGAUUAUAGCCCUCCUAAAAAGGAUGCGUCGUUGGUGCCUCAGUUAGACGAAGUAUUGAAAGAAAUGUGUGAGAAGACGAGGAUGAGUAUAGAGGAAGAAUCAGCAGUCUUAAUGGCCAAGGUGCUGCACAUUUUACGGCGUAUCCCUGGAAACUCUAUUGAAGCAACUUUAAGAAAGAUCACUGCAGGUGAAAUAUGCUCCAAUUAUCAGAGACUUGAGUCUUUGUUUUUAGAUGCUAUAGCAUUUGUUCAUGAACCAAGUGCUGUUGGUAUUAUAGUAAAAGAGUUAGUUAAUGGGAGAGCAGCUGGAGGACGGGCAGCCCUUUACACAGUAGCCCUCCACUUGACCCCAAGGCCUGAUAUCCAAACAAUAGAAGCUUUAAAACCCCUUUUUGAGGCCCCGUUGACUCUUGGUCUCGAAAAGCUCGCUGCUGCAUCUAUGGUGUAUACAUAUUGCAAACAUAAUACUCACUGCGAAGAAGAGACUUCUGUGAGACAAAUUUCUGAAGCUGUUGCGGCCCAAGUCCAGCAGUCCUGUGUAGCCUCUGGAGAUGAAGAAUCGGACCAAAUGGCUCUUGCUUCCUUGAAGGCCCUCGGUAAUAUGGGACUCAUGACCCCAGAGGCUGCCAUGUCAGUCAUUGAAUGCAUAAGAAAUGAUGGAGCGCAAAAUAAUGUUCGCGUAGCAGCUGCUCAGUCCUUCAGGAAUGCUAAAUGUCAAAGGCAGGUAACUCAGCAUUUACUCACCAUUACAACUGAUCAAGCCACAGACACAGAAGUUCGCAUUGCGUCCUAUCUUGCUGCUAUUCGGUGUGCUGAAAGCGAAGACCUGAAGGAAACCAUUUCAAAGAUUGCCCAGGAGGAAAAUACCCAAGUUCGAGGUUUUAUACUCAGCCAUCUUCUCAAUCUUCAAGAGUCCUCAGAUCCCCAUAAAGAAAGGCUGCGAUACCUCCUCAGUGAUUUUAUUGUGCCAGUCAACUUCACAGCUGAUUUUAGGAAAUAUUCCAGAAACUAUCAUAUGUCUUACUACAAUGAACCACUCGGACUUGGAGCUGGAUAUGAAUCAGAUGUCAUUUUUACUCCGGGAUCUUAUUUACCACAAUCGAUAAAUAUGAACCUUACCACAACACUGGGUAGCAUUCCAGUCAACAUGGGAGAAUUUGGAGCUAGAAUUGAAGGAUUAGAGCCUGUCAUUGAGCAACUGUUAGGACCGAAUGGCUACUUCCAAAAAACUUCUAUGAGUCAAUUUAUGCAUGUCAUUAUCGAUAUUCUUAAAAAUGCAGAUACUGAACUAUUUUCAGAGGGAAUUGGGCAACAAAGGGAAGAGAGAUCCAUAGAUGUUUCAUCUGUCUCUGAUUUCCUGAAAAAGAUUUAUAAGAAAGAAAAAGGAGGCAGACAAAAGGCUGAUGCCUACGUACGAUUUGACGGACAGGAAAUGCUAUAUGGGUCUUGGGCCAGGGACUUAAGGGGCUCGGACAUAAAACAUCUCCUUGGUUCAUUUAUAAACUACUUGACCGAGUCUCUCGAUCAGCUUUCAGAACUAAACCUCAAUGCUGCCAGAACUGCUCAGAUGAAAUUUGAUUAUAGUCUAGCCUCUAUCCAGGGAAUCCCACUCAAACUAGAACUUGAAGGAACUGCUCUCCUUGGAUUUAAAAUUGACAGUGAAGUCGGCUUUAAUAGUAUAAAAAGGGCAACCAUGUUGCAAGUCCUUCCUAGUGUAUCACUGCAGGUCAAUGGCUUUGUUGGAUAUGAUUCACAUCUUAUCAGAAAUGGGCUUAAGAUGGAGAACUUUAUAUCAAGUGACAAUGGCUUUUUUGUCAGAAUUAAAGUGAAGGAUAGAAGUGAGCUGCAUGUGAACUUCAUCCUUCAAGGGCCAAUGAAAAUACUUGACAUCAAGAGUGAACUAUACCUCAUGAAAGCAAUGGCUGGACAUGGAGAAUCUAAAAUUGUUCCUCCGUCAGUGAGGGAUGUUAGGAUGAAAAAGAGCUCUUGCAUUGUUGACAUGGAGCCAAUAACUGGGGUGAGGCUAUGUUAUGACUUUGAUGUCCCAAACAUUUUCCGAAGCACAGGCUUACCACUUGGGGGACCGUCAGUGUUCAAAUUGUUUGGAAAGAGAAAGUUUCCUUUGAGGGAAUUCUCGUUGAAGACAUCUGUCCAUCAUGAUGGAGGAAUCAAACUAGUCAGAGUUGAAGCUGAAGCCACUGGUUCAUCAACUCCUCGAAAAAUUGUGAGUACUAUUAUGUAUGAAAGAACUUCCGAGAGUCUUCAUGUUUCUGCAUCUGUAGAAUCUCCCAACUCCCACGGUCACUUCUGGGUUAAUUUGGUGCGUCAGGAUCAAUACAGAGCUUUGGAAGUAUUAGGGAAGUGGAAUUCAAAUGGAAUACAGACACUCGGAGGCUUCAAGCUGGAACUUAAAACGCGCUGGAAUUCAUUAGAAAAAGAGAUUAUGAUGAAGGUCUUUGCCACCAAAACUUUCAUCUUUUCGCCAAGUACAAAGAUAAUGGAAGCCACAUACAGAGAAACGAGCAAUGGUGAACUAACUAAGUUUGAUGUCAAUGCUCAUACCUUGAAUUUUCUCAGACGUUUCGUGUUUCUCAAUGUCGAAGCUGGUGCAGAUUUGAAAUACAACAGAGAGUCAAGAGUCUUGGUGCUUGAAAGGCUUCGAAAAUUAGACAUGAAAUGCGUAAUAGGAAGUACAACAUUCUUAGCCUCAGUGCAGAGAGAAAGUGAUUCCAGAUAUGCAUCUCUGGUGAAGAUAUCACAAAAGCAGAUGGAACUGGUUGGCAUCAGUGCAAGACAUGAGAUCAUCCACAGUGAAGGAAGAGAACUGGAGACCAAAACUUCAGCUGAAGGGUGGAUUAAAGACGCAUCCUAUAAACUAGCUCUAAAUGUAGCAUGCAGGAGUCUUAAGAAGGGCGUUGCGCUUUUGAUAGUGCGAAAGAUGGACAACCAGAAGCUUGUUGAUAUUGAUAUCAUGCAUUUGAAAGGACCCGAAAUGUCAAGUACAAAGUUUUUAGUUGAUAUUCCAGAGUAUAUGAAGGUGAUAAAAAUGGAAAGCAUAUUUACGAAACAAGAAGAUGACAAAUAUAUGCUAGAAGUUGCCUUAGUCCAUGGCCGACAGACAGUUCUGCACAUUACAGGCCCUGUUACAAUGGUAUUAUCUGUCCACUCCACUUCAAAAUUUGAAGCAGAUUUAAGAAUCACCCCUUUAGCUAGCAGCCCGCUCACCGUGUCUUCAACUCUUGAGUUGUCUAGUAAGAAGAAUGUCCUAAAAGUGAUGACAAAGUACCAAGAAGAUGUUGUCUUUUCCUAUGACUGGGCCAUUCAGGUUGACAGAAGUCAGCGUUGGACUAUCAGAAUGGAUACGAGAUUCCCUUAUCUUGCAAACUGUGAAGUGGGAGUUAUAAUAAAGAAAGACGCUCUUCACGUGAGCAUGAAUACAUUGAUGUUCCCAAAAAUUUCACCCUCAAGAAGGAUAAAGGCCCUGGCUGAUGUAAAUCUUGAGACUAAGGAAAUAAGGACAGAUAUUGCCUGGGAUGCAGAUCAGGAUCCAUCCAAGAAAUUAACAGCAAAUCUAAGAGUUACUCAGAGUCUUGCAGAUACUGAUUACUUAGGUCUCAGUGGGAAUGUAAUUUACAAAAGCAAGAGCUAUAGGCUGCUUUUAGAAGCAUCAGGCUUUGAUCAAAAUCCAUGGAAACGUGAUGCAAGAUGUCAAAUCACUAUGCCCACUGGAGAAACCCUUGCAUUGGACAUGAAUGUUGCUGUUCAGAGAACGGAUUUGUCUACAGAUCUCCAUGGACAAAUGAAAUACAAAGACUUCAACAAUCACCAUUACCAGUUCAGUGAGAAACUGGAAUGGCAAACAUAUCAUUCGCAGGGAGGAUUCAUGGUUGUCUCUCAGUAGUAUGAGUCUCCGACCAAUCAAGUGACUACACUGGACAUGAAAACAGUAUACAGUAACACUGCCUCUGAGAGACUAUUUCUCAUUCAGACAAAGAUAGCAUCGCCUUCCCUUCAUGUUCCACUGGAUGUUGAGCUGAAAUUAGAUAACAAGCAGGGCAACUACAAGACUUACCUCGUUGCGCAUUCAGAUGCUCCUCUCAAUAUUCUUGACUAUGAAGUUGCACUGAAACUGCACAGAGGAAUCGAGAGGAUCGUUGUGCAACUCGAUAUGACUGCUGCUCUUACGUUAUUGGAAACAAUCCAUAGGUUAGCCAGUCUCAGACUGGAAACACUUUAUACGUCUUCACCUUUGCCAGAGCUGCAUAGAUUUUGUAUUGACUACAGCAGACAGUCUCCACAAAAACAUUCAUUGAUCCUCAAAUUUCCAUCCCGCACUGUAGAGGGGGAAAUAGAGUAUUCCCCAGCUGAAUACUCAUUGAGAUUUUAUCCAAACAAAGAGAGGAGCGAAUCCAAAUAUGAAAUUGCUGCAUCAAUCAGCAGAACGGGAGAAAUGCCACCAGGCGAGAUCACUGGAGUCCAUGCACGUGUUAGCCACCCUAGUCUGAAGAGGGACUUGAAAGUUUCUCUGCAGUCCAGAAGAGAAUCUCACGGAAUACAAGGUACAAUAGACAUUGACAUCUUUCAAAAUGAAGAGGAUAAGGUAACUGGGAUACUAUCAUGCCAUGCUGAGACGCCUGACUCAUUCUGGAUGGAGGCUACUUUAACAGUACCAGCACUCAAGACAGAACCAUACAUAACUGCAACUGCAGCUUAUACACGGCAUAUCUUCAGCUUCAGUAUUCAGAGUUCUGAAUCCCUUUCUAUCCCUGCUUCACUCAUUAUUGCUGGAAGAAUAGAUCGUAGCCAGGAUGGGAGAGCUGCACUCGGGUUCUCUGCCGAACUGGAGGAUCAGUCACUACUUGAGUUUUCAGGUUCAGUAACUCACGAAGAAGGGCCCCAUUGCUAUGGAUUUGGUCUUCAUGCUAUUGCCCACAUUUUCCAACCAGAUUAUUAUGAAAUAACAUCCAGAUUUUGCAAUCCAGCUUUUCUUGAAAUUUCUGUGAACAAGCAGAGGAAACUGGAUGUGCUGAAGAUCAGACUUGGAUAUCUUGACCCCAGUACUGCAGAAAUAAGCUUUUUGGUAGAGGAUAAGGACACCUUACAAACCGCUCCCAUCAUCAUGGCUAAAGUUGAUCUUGUGUCAGAUACUCUGAUAAACAUAGGCCUUGCUAAGGACUCUGACAAGCUCUCUUGGGCUAAGAAUUGGGCUCAUGAGGAGUGGACAAGGAUUUCUUCAUCCAUCACUUCUGUGACGUCAAAAAUAACAGAGAAACUGAGGAUGCAUGCUCAUCUACAGCCCUUCCAUUUUCCUCCUUCGGAAUUCUCUGACCUUCUUGAAGAAUUACGAAACGAGCUAAAAGAAAUUGGAGGAGAUAUGAGCCGUGAUGUCAGAGAAAACCUUCUCUUGAUUUACCUGAAGCCUUACUUUGAAAGUGUCUGGUCCCUCCUGCAGCAAGUGGAGAGGGACUUAUGCGCAGUCCGUGACAGCAUAGAUGAAGCAUUCCAGGAGGACUUUCAGGGCUUAUUUGAUUCCCUGAUCAAAGUUUUUGUAAAGAUCCUUGAGAUGUUCGAGGAGGGCCAAACUCCGAAAAUUGUUCAGUGGAUCAUUGGCGUCAUUCAAGAUAUUCCUGAGAUUCGCAAGCUUCGAGAACUUAUAGAUGAAUUGAUCCACAAUUAUCCAGAGGAAGUGGAGAUCUUGAAAGAAAUGGUAGCUAAGAUCAUCAGCAAGUUGGAAGAAGACACUGAUGACAUCAGAGAUGCCAUCAGCAAUUCCCCAGCUCUGCAGAGAGAAAUAAACUGGUUCUUUAGGAAUUAUAACCGCAUACUAGGUCUCCAGAUGAACAAAUUCAUCACUCAAGUCUUGCAUGAUUUGCUGUGGGUGUCUGUACAAUAUGAGGAACAUCUUUUAACGAUAUCUGUACCAACUAAGAGACCUAUCACUUCCCUAACUCAAGCUCUGCAAUAUGCACUACCACAACCCACAACACUGCUUAGUGACAUAGCCUGGCUCUUCUAUUCAUUUGACCCUAAACCUUUGAAAUAUCUUAUCUGGGGUACCCAUGAAUUCCUCCCAAGAAAAAUGAGUAAUCUGCUUCCUCCAUACAACCGCACAGCUCUAAUAGUUGCUGGGAAAGAGCUCCUGACCUUCGAUGGAGCAGUUCUGAGGUCACCCCCCUCGCCUUGCAGAGUCCUCCUCCUGGGUUUUAAAUCUAAUUCUCUUUUCAUGGAACAUCCACAUCCUGGAGCACAACAACAGCUAACUCUAAAGACAUCAGAAGCUGUUGUUAUUAUCCCACCAAAUCAUCAUGUGUCCAUAAACGGUCAUGUCAUGGCUGGAGCUACAGCAACGCGAUCUGGAAUCAGCGUUUCGAAAGUGAGUGGGAGAAUAACGGUUUCGGCGCCCUUCAUGACUUUGGAGAUCUACACCAAAUGCAACGUUGUUUCCGUCAUCGUCUCUGGCUGGGCCUAUGGAGAAACAGCUGGAUUACUCGGCUCCUAUGAUGGAGAAGUAGCCAAUGAUUGGCUGAUGUCCAGUGGUUCCCCAGCCCCAAACCUUCAAGAGCUAGUGAGAUCCUGGCAAGAAGACCAACACUGCCCAACUCCUAGUAUUUCACCAGUAAACCCGGCAGGAGUUCCAGAAUUGAAAUACUUGCAGUGCCACGUUUCUCUGAGUGUGCACAACAAAUGCCGUGCUAUCAUCAACCCAGAUCCGUUCAUAAAGAUCUGUUAUGCUACAACGAAACCCUCUGACGCACAGAUGGCUUACCAUGCCAUGUGUGCUAGCAAAGACAUCACCCACGUGUUUCCAUCUCUUUGAUCCCUGUAAACCCAUCGAAAGGAAAUGAAGCCCUUUUGUAGGAUGACCAGAUACUUCUGCUUAUUGAAGCGAUUUAUCGAAAUUCAUCCAUGAAUGAAAUAAUCUCAAAUUGUGGCUAUGAUUUCCUUACGGCUUUUUGAAAAUUCAGUUUUGUGCUCAACCAUAUUACAACCAGGCGUUUGUAACAUGGUAGUAUGACCAGUAGUAUCCAAACCCUAGGAAGGUGCUAUUGCGAUGAUUCACUUAGCUGGAUGUCUUAUAUAUACUCUUCGGUAUUUACACAUGCUUCUAUGUGUGCAUAUAUGUGUAUGUAUUUACAUAUAGUACAUAUUAUACAUUAAUGCAUUUGUUAGGCCCACCACCUCUAAAGAGGAAAAACGUAUAUAAAUAUA